UGGGUUGUGUUAUGUUAGAAGAUGGGAAGUAGUGGAAUGUCACUCAUGGGACGAGUUAUUUUCCUUGGUUUCACCGGAUUAGUCAUUUCCUCAUUUUGAGAAAAUCUUUUGCAAAAAUUUUGACCAACCAAUCUGAGCAAAUUGAAAAUGUUUUUGUCCAUGCCAAACACACCCUUAUGAAGAACUUCGUAAGUCGCACCCAGCAUGUUGUUGUAAAGAUUGAAGCUGAAAAUGUGCUUAAUUAAAAAAAUGGUUAAGCAGGUUAAUUUGUGUAUCUUCUUUAAUCAUCGAACUAUGUGUUUCUUCACAACUAACAUUUCUAAAGCAGGUCAGAAUUUAUAGAAUGUUGUGCAAAAUUUUACCACACAGCACCGGGGGUUAUUCCCGGGAAUUCACCUCAAGGUAGCACAUUCGAAUUUGCAGUCCAUGAUAAAGCUAGUGGUCUCUGUUAUAUGUUUCCUAUUUUCUGUUCAAUAUUCUUUAAUCGAUAUUGGUCAGGACAGUGGGAAAUUGGGUCCUAAAAACUGCGGCGAACACUUGGAACAAGCCAAAAAUGAAUUUCCAGUAUGUAAAUGUGGAUUCGAUAUGUUGGAUGCUGGCUUUUUCGAUGACUGUAAGAAGCUUGAAAUACAAAAGGGUGCAAAAGAUUUUAACAUUCCUAUAAUAAGAUCAAACCGGAAGUUGGUUGCUACUGCGAAUGGAGGUUUGCAUAACCCUUCUGCUAUAGUUUUCAAUUCUGCAUGGAAAUCCCAAGAAGCAAACCAAGCAACAGACAAGUUCAACUACCCGGUAUCCUCUGGUAUUCAAAGGCCAAAAAAUGAUGAGGAUAUUGCCUUCAUGAGUAUUCUUGAACUUGGGCAACUUCUCAGGGCAAAACUGAUUACAUCAGAGGAACUCACUGGAAUUUUUUUGAACAGAUUAAAAAGGUACGGUCCUGUCCUUGAAUCCGUUAUCACAAUUACUGAAGAAUUAGCUUUUCAACAAGCAAAAGAGGCUGAUCAACUUCUUGCAAAAGGUCCUCUUCAUGGGAUUCCGUAUGGUCUGAAGGACAUUAUUGCAGUACCAAACUAUCCCACGACGUGGGGUUCCAAAUCUUUCAAAGAUCAAGUUCUUGAUGUUGAAGCUUGGGUCUAUAAGAGGCUGAAAUCUGCUGGUGCAGUUCUUGUUGCAAAAUUAGUCUCUGGUUCUUUAGCAUAUGAUGAUAUCUGGUUUGGUGGUAGAACAAGAAACCCCUGGAAUAUUGAAGAAUUUUCUACUGGUUCAUCAGCCGGGCCAGCGUCCUGCACCUCCGCAGGUACAGUUCCAUUUGCAAUUGGUUCAGAAACUGUUGGGUCUAUUACCUACCCAGCUUCUAGGUGUGGUGUUACUGCAUUACGGCCCACUUUUGGAGCUGUCGGUCGUACCGGAGUUAUGAGCAUAUCCGAAAGCUUGGACAAACUAGGCCCUCUUUGUAGAAGUGCAGCAGAUUGCGCGGUUGUUCUUGAUGCCAUUCGGGGAAAGGACCCAGACGAUCUUUCAUCCAGAGACAUCAUGUUAGCCGAUCCGUUUUCAGUUGAUAUCACAAAACUCACUGUUGGGUAUCUUGAAGAUGCCGACAAGGAAGUUGUUGAUCUACUUAAGUCAAAGGGAGCGAAUAUGGUUCCAUUUAAUCUGGAUUACACUGUUGAUAGUGCUCAAGGCAUUGUCAGCUUCACUAUGGAUAUUGAAAUGCUAGCGCAUUUUGAUGAGUGGCAGCGGUCAAACAAGGAUGAUGAAUUUGAAGCUCAAGACCAAUGGCCUAUUGAGCUUCACCGUGCCCGAGUAAUAUCUGCUGUAGACUAUAUUCAGGCACAGAGAGGUAGAAGCAAAUUGAUUCAGGAAGUGAAAGAGAGCUUCAAAGUUGAUGCAUUUAUCGGAGAUGUAAGUGACUGGGAGAAAGUUUGUGUAGGCAAUCUCGUGGGUAUGCCGGUAAUGGUGGUUCCAACAGGUUUUAAGAAGAUAUCGAAUGCACCAUCCAAUGAUACUCGCAGGAAGACAACAAUAACUACUGGCAUUUAUGCUCCUCCUGACCAUGAUCAUGUUGCUUUAGCAUUGGCAAUGGCAUAUCAGUCGGUGACUAAUUAUCAUAAGCAGCGUCCUCCAAUUGAUGACAUUGGGCCAAACGAUUCGAUUUCAAACCCACCUACAUCCACUGUACCUGCAAGACAAUUACGUGGUUAUUAAUCUUUGUAGGGUGUUCAAUGUCACUCUGCAUGUCCUUUAAUUAUUAUAGAUGUAACCGCUUGUUGUAAUAGUCAAAGUGUUGAAUCAUCUUCUCUUAGUGACACAUGGAAAAGAAUACUUCACUUCCUCUUUUUUUUUUUUUUUUUUUUCUUUUUCUGCUAAAUGGACCGUGCAGGAGCCUUGGUUCAUAUAUAUAUUGGUUCCGUUUCUGUAA